GGUUUCGUUUCGACGCUCACAAUCGAAACAGCUGGAUGCUCUACCCUCUGCCCGUCUGUCUUGUCCCUGUUUACCACCAGCAUCGGAACUCCAAGUUCCUUCUCCGAGAACUGGGCCAUACAAUACGCGGAAAUUACUGAGAAACAGACGAAAUGACUAAAGUCGAGCCACGACAGGCGACACAGGUCAUAAAAACAUUCAGGGCAUGGUUGCUGGGCAGAAAACCGAAUGACCAGAAUCGGUACGUGCAGUAUCAGGCCCCUCGAGAUCCUCCGACCGCGAAGCUCCCUGGAGGCCCGGCUCACAAGUUAUCGGGGAAUUACUACUUCAAUCGAGAUGCUCGUAGACAGGUCGCACCGCCAGUGAACCUUGGAGAAGGGCAAGCGAAAUUGCCGACCGCCGGCGUGCGUCUUCCUGAAUGAAUUGUGAUCGAAUGUUAAGUUUUCAUAGCCAGAAAUCACCGAAUCGAUUGAAUAAACCGUGUUCCCCGA